AUGAUGGUCUGGUCCAAGGCCGCACCCCAGAUUCCCCAAUCCCCCGAUCCAAAGAUCUCACUUGCAAAGUUCCUGGUGACGGUCAAAGACGGGGAUCCAUUUUCUCCUAUGAUGGAUCCCUCAAGAAAGUGGUAUGGCUUCAGGUUAACAUUAACUACAGGUGGAGGUGCCAAACCUGGCCCAUUCAGGUUAAGUAUUUCGCUAUCACCAGAUAAACGACAUGCGGUGAUCGUUUCGGCACCAAAAAGUCAGACUCUUGCUCGACAACCACGGCCCACGGAAGCUAUCUCGGAGUUGGCCCGGGAGUAUAACCUGUACACAAAUCACGGUCUGUCUUCAGCUCGAAUGCGCGACAUGCCUUUCUUUCGUUUUACCCUUGCUAGCGCGGCGGUGGGCCAAUUGCUCUCCGUCAGCAGCACUGGAGGAUUGCUCCCCGGAGUAUGGGGUACGGCUCUCCCAUACGAAGAUAGUGUUGGGCCUCAAGCUCAAGUCAUUGACCAACGGGACUUCAACGCGCUCCACAAUGUGCCUCCCCCGUCCCUGGCGGGCGGGUUUACGGUGUAUCGAGGUUUUACUGGAGAGUUGCUGACACAACUAAGGUAUCCGGCCAAGGACGAAAUGUUCUUCGUUCAGAAUGCUGGCGCGAAGGCUGCCGGAACCGGCCUCGCCAAGUCGGCCAUCAUUCAAAAGAUUUCCCUGUCAGCCAUCUCCCCUGAGAUAGUGAGCCAAAGGAACGCAAGCGGCUCGGUAAAAGUGGAAGUCGUGGAUUCCAAUCCCCAGGUCAUCAACCCGAAUGGGGCGACCAACUACGGAGACCAAUUUCUGUUCCUCGGCGAGGGUCAGGGGGAAAAUGUUGCCCCAGCUAUGUAUCUCAUGAACCCGGAACCUCCGUAUAACACUACGGUGAUCCUGGACAACUUCUUCGGCCGCCAGUUCAACUCACUCAAUGACGCCUCGAUCAGCCCCCAAAACGGCGAGAUAUACUUUACGGACCCGACCUACGGAUACGUGCAAGACUUUAGACCCGCCCCAGGACUGCCGAAGCAGGUCUGGCGGUUCAAUACAGCUACGGGUGUAGUGAGAGUUGCUGCCGACGGGUUCAAUAUGCCCAAUGGCAUCGCCUUUUCACCAAGCGGAUCCCACCUUUACCGUUUCGACGUCCUUGAAGAUGGUACCCUGGAAAACCGCAAGACCUUCGCAUUUGUGACACCUGGUGUGCCGGAUGGUAUUCACGUUGACACCAAGGGCAAUGUCUAUGCUGGAUGUGGUGAUGGCGUGCAGGUGUUCAAUCCGUCUGGGAAGCUGAUUGGCAAGAUUUACUCUGGGGAGUAUAUCGGCUAA